CCGCGCCCGGCCAAGUCGUUCCCUCCGUGCUGGGGCCCGCCCGCGGGGCCGGCCGCCUGUCAGAGGGAGGUGGCGAUGGUGCGCCCGGUGGCGGUGACGGCUGCGGCGGCUUCCCCGGUCCGAGUGCAGGGAGGAGAAGAUGACUGACCAGCCGACUGACUGAAUGAAUGAAUGGCGGAGCCGAGCGCGCCAUGAGGAGCCUGCCGAGCCUGGGCGGCCUCGCCCUGUUGUGCUGCGCCGCCGCCGCCGCCGCCGCCUCAGCCACCGCGGCGGGGAAUGUCACCGGUGGCAGCGGGGCCGCGGGGCAGGUGGACGCGUCGCCGAGCCCGCGGCUGGAAGGCGAGCCCACUCACCCUUUCUCUAAGGCGACGGCUCCCACGACCCACGCCCCGAAGACCGGACCUCCGCGCACUACCGUCCACCGACCCCUGACCGCAUCCUCUUCAGCCCAGUCCCCGGAGACUACCCCUCCUCGGUCGACGGCCGGACCCGCUCUCACCACCUUACGGGCGCCGCUCGGCCGGUCGUCGACCACCCCUCCGGCGGUGGAACGCACUCCCACCGCCCCUCGGGCGACGACUAGACCUGCGCCCACCACCCUCCCGACGACCCCUGGCCCGGCGCCGACCACCCCGGUGGCGACCACCGUUCCGGCGCCCACCACGCCGCCGACCCCGACGACUCCCGUUCUCCCCCGGAGCAGCAGCAGCAGCAGCGUCCCGCCCACCCCACCUGCCACCGAGGCCCCCACGACGCCUCCCCCAGAAUAUGCAUGUAAUUGCUCUGUGGUUGGAAGCGUGGAUGUGAAUCGCUGCAACCAGACCACAGGGCAGUGUGAGUGUAAGCCAAGUUAUCAGGGGCUUCACUGUGAAACCUGCAAGGAGGGCUUCUACCUGAAUCACACUUCUGGGCUUUGUCUGCCAUGCAAAUGUAGUCCACAUGGAGCCCUGAGCGUACUCUGCAACAGUUCUGGGAAAUGCCAGUGUAAAGUGGGUGUCACCGGCUCUACCUGUGAUCGAUGCCAAGACGGAUAUUAUGGCUUUAGUAAGAGUGGCUGCUCGCCUUGCCAAUGCAGUAAUAGGUCUGCCAGUUGUGAUGCCCUCACAGGUGCGUGUUUAAACUGCCAGGGGAACAGCAAAGGGGACCACUGCGAAGAAUGCGAGGAAGGGUUUUAUCCGAGUCCUGACGCCACUACGGAAUGUCUUCGCUGCCCGUGUUCAGCAGUGACGUCUACAGGCAGUUGUGUCCUCAAAUUGGGUGAAUUGGAACCUAAAUGUGUCCAGUGUAAAGAAGGUUAUACAGGCCAGAACUGCAAUAAAUGUGAAAAUGGCUAUUACAAUUCUGACAGCAUCUGUAUGAAGUGCCAAUGUCAUGGCCAUGUGGACCCAAUUAAAACUCCAAAGAUUUGCAAGCCCGAGAGUGGUGAGUGCAUCAACUGCCUCCAUAACACCACUGGGUUUUGGUGUGAGAACUGCCUGGAAGGUUAUGUUCGAGACCUCGAAGACAAUUGCAUCAAGAAAGAAGUUAUUGUUCCAACACCUGAAGGUUCUACCAUUUUGGUUCCCAAUGCCUCUUUGACCACAUCAGUGCCCACCCCUGUUAUAAAUAGUACACUUACCCCCACAACCCUGCAAGCUAUCUUUUCAGUAAGCUCUGCUGAAAACAGCACUUCAGCUUUAGCUGAUGUAUCGUGGACCCAAUUUAACAUCAUCAUCUUGACUGUCAUCAUCAUUGUGGUGGUGCUGCUAAUGGGAUUUGUGGGGGCUGUCUAUAUGUACCGGGAGUACCAAAACCGGAAACUCAAUGCCCCCUUUUGGACCAUCGAGCUCAAAGAAGACAAUAUCAGUUUCAGCAGCUACCACGACAGCAUUCCCAAUGCAGACGUGUCGGGAUUGUUGGAAGAUGAUGGCAAUGAAGUGGCUCCCAAUGGGCAACUCACCCUGACGACACCCAUGCAUAACUACAAAGCCUAAGGAGCCAGAACUGUUCUCCUGGAUUGCUAGACCACAUGCUUGCUAAGACAGCGUCGGACCCCGGGCCAGACAGAGCCUGGGUAGGAUCUGCUGAGAGAGCAAAGGCAUAUAGUGCAUUGGAGUUUCCAGGUACAGAUUCAUAAUGCACUUAGCCUAUUACUUUUAGUUUUCCCACGAAGAUCUGAAGUAGUCACUGUCAAUAAGGGACUUGACGUAAAGUAUAUUUUUGUACAAAACCACAUGGGAGGAUAGAAAGGCUGAACUCCAUAGUGCAACCCUAAUCCACUUUGACCUCCAAAUGGACUCCUUGGGAGUGUUCACUCGACCAGCGGAAACAGGAUGACGGAUGUGGAGGGGGAGAGGACUGCCGGAAGACUUCAUCUCCAUUCCUGAAACAUUUUUUAAAAGAGGGUCAGGGAUGGGAUUCAUUUUUCUGUACUAAAUAAGACAUCAGUGAGGAAAAGCUGAUGUCUGGGCUGUACCUCAAUAAACAGCCUUGAUUGUUUCUAGAACAGGAGCAGAAAAGUCCCAAGAAGGCCUUUAGGAGGGCUUGAUUUUUCCUUCUGGAAGUCUUGCUCAGUGAAAGCAUUAAAGCACAGAAUAAGCUAAUGGUACAGACGGGAAGGCAACACCUAGGAGCAGGAAGCUGAUACAGUCCUCCUUAGGGUCUCAGUGUAAAUGAUAAAUUAUCUAAAAAUAAAAAAAUAUUCCUGCUUCUAGAGAAAUAAGGUGUAUAUAGUUAAUGUAGCAUACCUGGUCAGCAUUGUCUUUGUAUCUAUUUGUAAAAAAAUCAUGUCAUAUUUUAUCAUCUAGAAUGUAUUUGUACAGAAGUUAAUGGCAUAAAAAGAAAAUACGGGGAUUGUUUAAAAUAAUGUAAAAUAGAUGGCAGUAUUGCUAGAGCUGGGACUCUGGUGAGCAUCAGUCAUUUUUAGUCCCUCUUUGGACAUUGUUGAAAUUUAUGAGGUUGAAUGUUUCUAAUCUUUCUUUCCCUUUCUCAUUCUAAAUGUAGAGUUUGUUCUUUGACUUAUUAGAGAUUCAAGCAAUAGAUUUUGAAGUCGGGGAUUGGUAAGUGGGGCCACAGGCUGUACUCUCCAAGAUACUCACCUAAUUAGACAUUAGCCACUCUCUAUAUUUUAUAUAGAUUAAUGUAGAACAUAUCCUCAUUAAAAUUUUUUUUAAUGUAAAAGAUGGUCUUCCAAAGGAAUUAGAAAUAUUUUAGUUCUGAAAGAAAAGCCAUCCUAUCACUUGGCAUCCGGUUUUCAUGCCUGUGAAAUAUUUCUGUGCCCUCCCCCCAGAAAUCUCCUGCAUCGGAACAUCGUUCGUCACUCCUGUGCCAUGAGGUGUGCACCGUCUCUCUGCAGUGCUACAGUCCGCCUGUCUUCUUGUCCAGUUAGGGGUGGCACUGUAGUUGCGUGCGUAUGGUUAGUCCUUGUUGUUAGGCGCAGUUGUUUUCCUGAGGCCAUCUACUAUUGCUCAUCUAUUUUGAUAUUGACAGAUUGUAGAUUAAAGAAGUCAGGAAAAGCAGCCAGAAGACAACGAUAGAUAUUUAUUAGAACAGCAAACUGUCAAGUGGUUAGAAAAAGAGUAAAGACUUAUUAGACCUAGGAAAUCUAAGUUGGCAACUUGGCCAAUUUCCCCAGAGGAAACCCGGAAUUUGGCCGCCCCUCUGUAGGAGACCACGAAGUUGUUCUCAGGGUUUGGAGAUGAUGCUCCGGAGGAUGUGCAGGCGGAUAAUCUACUUCUGGUAACCCGAGGUGCUUCGGAUAUUUGGCCAUUGCUCAUGACAGUAGAGAUUACAUUAUGUUACAUUACAUUAAAAUAAGUUAAUAUUUCUCUAGGCCUUUGCAGGUUGCAAAGCAUCUUCCCAUAUGUGUUUCUUUUGUUCCUCACCACAGCCCCCUGAGGAAGUAAUUGCUGUCCCUAUUUCAUAGAUGAGGUUAAAUGUCUUGUUUGAGGCUACACAAUGUGUCAUUAUUAGGCUUGGAAUUAGGACUCCUAACUCUGAAGCACAUGUUAUUUCAACUACAUGCUAAUGCAGAGAUUGCUUAGCCACAGACACAAGAAAGCUGAGAAGAGGAGUCCCAUCUGUAAAUGUUUCUAGUUUUUUAAGGACAAGGUACCAUUCAGGCCAUACGGCUAUGAAGGAUUUUGUGGAGAGAACACAAGAAGAUUACUCUCUGAAGCUGGAAUUGGGGAUAUAAAAAUAUCAGUUCAUGCUCCAUUCAAGUGACCCAAUCCUUCCCAGCAGGGACAGAAAACCUGCUUUCCCCAGUGGCUGCCGCAUGUGUGCAUAUGAUGUGCACUGCACAGUUUUAAGGAAUUGUGCAAAGUGGCAUACCUGCCCCCUCAAAGCCGGGGAUUAGGGGUGGCGAGAAAUAAACAUUUGAUUAACAGAAGCUGACCCAAUAGAGAAAGGAGUGUUUAUUGGGGUAUAAGAGCCAAAGCCAAAUAAUCCAGUUUCUGGCCAGAUAGAGAUUCCUUGAAACAGAUCUUAGAAGGUAUUGCAAACAUUGAAUCACAAAGAAUAUUGACCUUUAAAUACUUCUGAACAGUCCUGGAUCAUGUUUUUACUUUUUCCCAAUGGAAAAAAUUAAGGACUUAAACAUUUAAAAUUUUAUUUCAUGCCCCCGCUCUUUUCUGGUGGAAAUAAUAUUGCUUUAAAAUUUAAUCAUGAAGUGGUCUACCAGCAAAAUCAGACUAGAAAACGAGCGUGGCGUGCGUUAUAAAAACAGUCACUGCUCUAAAGCACGAUCCCAUGGAUGAGGGCGUUCAGCACAAGUAUCCCAUCAGUCCUGUACAAAGACUAAUAUCAGACCUUUUGGUCUAGAGAUUAGAAAUGUGUUUAUUUUCAAAUAAGACUGGUAUGAAUCUUAUUGAUAAAUGACAGAUACUGCUAUUAAAUGAUACUCUCAUCAUCAUUAAUUCCUUUUAGCAAGCACUUAAGCAUUUCUGACAGUUAGAUGCCCUAGGUAGUGAUAUUAAUUAUGUCUGUCCUCUCUUAUUUUCCCCUUCCUACCUCUACUAAUGGAAUUUCCCCAGUUAUAGAGAAAAAUGAUAAUAAAAACUAAACCUCAUUUAUGCUAAGGUCCUAUGGGCUUAAUGUGUUACUCUUGGGGAUACCUGACUUUUAAGAGAGGAGAACAGGGCAGGGAAUGGAGGAGAGAAUGUUUUGGGGGAAGGAGAGAAUUUGUAGAAGCAUCAAAUUACAUGGCUACUUUCUAGCCCCAUAUUCCCAGGAAAAUUGACAAUUGAAACAACAUUUACUCACCCCCGGGCUCAUUUUGGUCAGCCGAGCUGGUCAUUUUGGAGGCAGAAAGCUCAACAACAGUACUUCCUCCUGACUGCCUCAACUGGGAUUGGGUUCUUACUUACCUUAGUUCCCUAUUUUUUUUUUUUGUAGGACAUGUGGUGAACAUAACACCCUUGUAAUGAACAUCCCCUGGUUCAUACAUUUUGAAGUAUACGGAUAGGAGCUGAAUUUACACAUCUUAAGGAAAGCUCCCUGACAAAAGUUCUGAGAAGUAAAAAGCAACCCAGUGUAGCCUGUUAGAGUAAGGAAAGCGUUUCUGGUCUCAUCCACGAAGAACCUUUGGUCUGUUAUGGUCUUGAGAGUAAGGAGUUUGGAAGCUAAAGAGUUUGGUGUGUGGAGGGGAGUAAUAAUGGAAGGUUAAUGCAAGUUUUCUGUUUACCCUCUAAUCAGUGACUAUGCCAAGGGGAAAUGCAGGAAGAACACACCGAUUUAUUUGAAGAAGUCAUGUAAUAUCAAAUGGACUAAAGGUUAUGGAUCAUUAAAAUGUCAGUGGCUGAGUGAUGCUUUUCCAGAGGCAGUUGGGAACCUGUCUUAAUGUGCAGUAACUGCAACGGCAGCCCUAGAAUGUGAGCCCAGGGCUGCAGACUUACGUUAAUGCAAAAGCUAAAUGAUUUAAAGUUAAAUUUUAAUGCUAGGCACAAGCACUCUGUAAUACAUUAAAUUUCAGCCCAAGCAAUUAGGGAAUGUUUCUGAAACAUUAAACUUGUAUUUAUGUCACUAAAAUUCUAACACAAAUUUUAAAAAUGUGUUCUCAUACCUAUGCUGUACUAGGCUUCAUGAUGCAUUUCUAAAUUUGUGUAUGAUUUGAAUAUAUAAAAGAAUUUAUACAAGAGUGUUAUUUAAAAUUAUUAAAAAUAAAUGUAUAUAAUUUGUACCUAU